AUGACGAAAGUGCAUCAAUGCUUAGUGCGGAUUAAAGAUGGCCUUUUCCUGUCAUCGAGGCAUGUUAAACCAAGCCACACCAAGUACGUCUUUAGCAAACAGAUAGAAUCAUUUGAAAUAUACUCGCCCAAUGACUCCAAGCUUCCAUCAUAUUGGGCAAUCACCGGACCUCAAAAAACACCAUUUUUGAAAAUAGCUGCUGGUCAUUACAUAUCUACACCACCUCUAGCAAGAACAUUUCCUUACUUUGCAGAACAUAAUUUCAACUAUAAUGACAAAAUUCAGUUUUUGAACUUUUCCGAAUCUUCUGGUUUGGAUAAGGUACACCUUUCUGCUAGGUACGAAUCUUUUUCAUAUAAGGGAGAAUUGGAAAUGAGCGAUGAUGUAAACUCGGUGCAAAACUAUAUUACUGGAGCAAAUAAUUACAAUAGCAACACUGCUGUCGAUGCCAAUCAGGAGAAGUCUGCAGAGUAUAUAGCACACUUGCUCAGGUUUUUCGACUUGGAGCAUUUGAAGGAUAAGUGGAUCAAUUCUUUGUCCAAUGGGCAAUUGAGAAGGGCCCGAAUCGCCAAAUCUUUGAUUAACAAGCCAAGUUUGUUGAUUAUUGACGAUCCAUUCUUGGGUUUGGAUCCUGAAGCAACUGUUAGAGUGUCCAACUCGAUCUCCAAGGUCGUAAAACAGUUUGGGAUCGGUGUGGUGCUUGGAUUAAGGGUUCAGGAUAAACUACCAGAGUGGAUAUCCCAUGUAGGCUAUGUUGAUAACGAUGGGUUAGAAAUAGCCACAGAAAAAGAUUCAGAUGCGGUGAAGUCAAUCUACAAAAAAGAAGAAGUUGUUUCAAAUCGAAAUAAGGAGUCCAAGUCAAUCACUAACGAACAGCUUAAAAAGACAGGAUCACCUCAUAUAGAAUUCAAUAAUGCUUCUGUGGUGUACAAAUCUGUGCCUGUGCUUCAAGAUUUCAAUUGGGCAGUCCCUCGUGGUUCGAAAUGGAGGAUUCUUGGUAACAAUGGGACCGGAAAGACUACGAUUUUGUCGUUGAUAACUGCAGAUCAUCCUCAAUCUUGGAAAUCUGUGUUGGCCAUUGACGGAAAGGUCCGUAAGACAGGAUCAGGAUCUUCGUUUUUCGAUAUCAACAAUAAAAUUGGUAUUUCAUCUCCAGAGUUGCACGCACUUGUACCAGGGAACAAGACAAUGAUGCAAAUUAUUAUGACUGGAUUGAGUAAUGAUGUAGGAAAUUCCAACUUUAUGUUUGUUGCCAAGAACGACAAGUUAACUCCAUUUGCAGUGGACUUACUUUCCAAGUUUAGUGACAGGUUAGACAAAUACAGGGACACACCAUUCCAUGACUUGCUGGUCUCUGAUCAAAAAUUGGCCCUAUUCCUUCGUGCAUCUGUGAAGAACCCUGAAAUUCUUAUCUUAGAUGAAGCUUUUUCGUGCAUGGACGAUGUAGAAGUUAUGCAUAGAUGUCAUGCGUUGGUUUCCAGUUGGAGAGAUAUGACCGUUCUUUCAAUUGGCCACAUCGACUGGGAACUUCCCGCCUGUGAAUACGUUAUCAAGCUCAGAGGCAAUGGAAAGCCUUACGAUAUUGAAGAAUAUAUCUGA